AAAUUCUGUCGGUUCGGAGAGUAAGCGUAACGUCAACUUGGUCAAGUGUAUCAGCUGUAAAUUUAUAACCUCUAAAAAUCUGUUUCAAAUGUGAAAAGUUAAUAGAAAGUUGGUUAUAUUUACUUUUUAAAAUGAACAAAUUAACGACUUAUACCAUAAAAGAGAUACACAAAGCUUAUACAGACAAACUGUUGACCCCUACCAGUUUUGUAGAUUUGUGUUUGAAAAAAGCUAAACAAACUAGUGAAUUAAACGCUUUCGUGACUAUUACGGCUACAGAAGCAGAAAAUCAUGGGAUUGAGAGUGAAAAAAGGCUAUAUGUUGAAAAAAAUAUAAAAUCUCUUGAAGGUAUUUCCAUAGGUAUUAAAGACAACUUUUGUACAAAGAAUAUAAACACUACCUGUGCUUCUAACAUGCUGAAAAAUUUUGUACCAACUUAUGAUGCUACCGUUUAUUCAAGAUUGAGACAAGCUGGUGCGUGUCUUAUUGGGAAAUGUAAUAUGGAUGAGUUUGCUAUGGGUUCUGGAACUAUAGAUUCUAUCUUUGGCCCCACAAAAAAUCCAUGGUGUUAUAAGAAAGAAGAUGGUGACUGGAGGAUAGCUGGAGGUAGUUCUGGUGGAAGUGCUGUUGCAGUUUCCACUGGGGCUUGCUUGGCUGCAUUGGGGUCUGACACAGGUGGUUCAACAAGAAAUCCAGCAGCACUAUGUGGAGUGGUCGGAUUUAAACCAACAUAUGGUCUUGUGUCAAGAUAUGGUCUCAUACCAUUAGUCAAUUCAAUGGAUGUCCCUGGUAUUCUAGCUAGAACUGUUGGAGAUGUAGUAACCGUUCUGAAUUGUUUAGCUGGUCCAGAUGAAAUGGAUUCAACUACAAUUAAAAGACAAUUCAACCCAGUCAUUAUGAAAGAGAUAAGUUUACCAAAAAUAAAAAUUGGAAUACCAAAAGAAUACCAUUGUGAAGGGAUGAGUAAAGAAGUGUUGGACACAUGGCAGUAUGUAGCUGAUUUAUUAGAAAAUGAGAAAGCAGUAAUAAAAUCUGUAUCUUUACCACACACUUCAAUAUCUAUUGCAGUUUACUCUGUUUUGAAUCAGUGUGAAGUUGCCAGUAAUAUGGCUAGAUAUGAUGGCUUGGAAUAUGGUCUGAGAACAGAAGAAGAUCAUUCUACAGAAGAGUUAUACGCAUCAUCUAGGUCUCAAGGUUUUAAUGAUGUUGUAAGAUGUAGAAUAUUUGCCGGCAACUACUUCUUAUUGUCAAGAAAUUAUGAGAAAUAUUUCAUAAAAGCUCUUAAGUUGAGACGUCUUAUUUCCGAUGACUUUAAAAAUGUUUUUGAAGGAGAGGACUCAGUUGAUUUGCUACUAACUCCGACUACUUUGAUUGAUGCACCUUUGUAUAAAGAUUUUGUAUCAAAACACAACAGAGAUCAGUGUGCAUUACAAGAUUAUUGCACCCAACCUGCCAACAUGGCAGGGAUACCAGCUGUAUCCAUACCAAUUAGACUCUCAAAAAAUGGUUUGCCUUUAUCAUUGCAGCUAAUGGGUCCUUAUCUGUCAGAAGACUUACUGCUAAAUGUGGCUAGAAAAAUUGAGGAGCUUGUAAACUUUCAACAACUACAUUCUGUAUAAUGAAAACAAAUAGACAAUAAAUAACUAAAAGGU